UGUACAUAAGUCCUUUUCAGAAAUGGACUUUUAGCCCACUACAGAGAUGGGGGCUAAACAGUCAUUUCAAUAGAACUAACUGCAGAGGAUUUGGGUCGAUCAAACCGUCCGAUCUAGAUUCCCCCAAAUUACUCCGAUUCUUCCCCGUCGGAAAACCCUAAUUUCCCCUCCCUAAACCCUAAUUUCUUCCUAAUUAAAAUAAUUCAAUAUCAAAUACCCAACUUCCUUCGAAAUUACUACACAAUAUGGAUUUCCAAUUUUUAUCUAUCGUUUGUAUGGAAAAAGUUCGAUUGUAGACGACGCUUCUCUAUGAUCGUUUUUUCUUUUAUUAAAAAAAAAGAGUAAUAUAGAAAAACCUGGGGUUUUCAGAUGGAUGCAAAGGAUAUAUUGGGAUUGCCGAAGAAUUUGCCUAUACAAGAAAAGAAGUCCAAGCCUCCCAAAGAAUCUCAGAGAAAACCUGAUGGCAUUUCUCGCGAGGUUUAUGCCCUUACAGGAGGAUUGGCGCCUUUGAUGCCUGCCAUUGAUGUGAAUCAAUUGAAACGAAAAGCGCAAUCCGAGAAUGAGAAGAUUACUUGGCAAUGGCUUCCUUUUACGAAUUCUGCUAGGAAAGACAACCUGCAGCUUUACCAUUGGGUUCGAGUGGUAAAUGGCAAUCCACCCACUGGUGAUUAUUCGUUUGCAAAGUGUAACAAAUCUGCUGAUAUCAUCAAGUACACUGAUGAGGAAUACGAGAAGUAUUUGACGGAUCCUGCAUGGACCAAGGAAGAGACAGAUCAAUUGUUUGAUUUGUGUGAACGUUUUAAUCUCCGCUUCAUUGCGGUAGCUGAUAGGUUCCCGUCAACAAAAACUGUGGAAGAACUUAAGGAUCGUUACUACAGUGUAUCUCGAGCCAUCUUGAUUGCCAGAGCUCCAUCUCCUGGCGAUGUUUCUGCACAUCCACUUGUAAAGGAUGUUUACAAUGCUACUCAAGACACCGAGCGGAAGCGUGCACUCAACUUGCUGCUAUCUCAUACAAAGCACCAAGAGCGCAGGGAUGUUGAGGUUCUUGCUCAUGCGAAAAGAAUAUCCGAGGCACGGAAGACUAUAAAGGCUUCUGCAAAUUUGGUGUUGCCGGUCUUAUCAGAUACUGGUACACUUGGUGCUGAUAAGCCUAUUACAACUGCGGAUACAGUCAACCCUUCUACAAAUUCUGAGUUUCCCUCUUCUACUACAACUCCUGUGUCAGAAACUGCUUCAGUUGUGGCCUCUCUUCGCAUGCUACGAGUCUACUUGCGGACAUAUUCACUUGAGCAAAUGGUACAAGCUGCCAGUUCAUCUGCGGGACUUCGGACUAUCAAACGGGUUGAACAGACUUUGCAAGAUCUUGGGGUGAAUUUAAAGCCAAAGGUUCCCACAAAGGCUGUGUGUGCAGAGCAUCUUGAGCUAAGAAAGGAGAUACUGACUCUAUUGAAUCUUCAGAAACAGUUGCAAUACAAGGAGGCAGAGGGUUCAUCAUUACGUGAUGGUACAUUUACAGAAACUCCUGGUACACCUCCAAAGCAGUCGGUGCGAGCUGUAGAUCUUGAUCGAACAUUUACCCCUGAUUCAUUAAGCACUGGAGGGGAAAGAUUUGGCAAAAGGGAACAAAAGCGCAAGGGCCCGGGGAGAUUAGCAGAAGCUCCAUCGUCACCUGCUCAGUCGAAAAGACCAAGAAAGUAUAAGGCUUCAGAUUAACUUGUAAUAAAUAUUUGGGAAUCGCAGAUAUCUUUGCUACUCUGUUACCAAUUGCAGAUAUAUCUAGUAGAGUUUAGCUGAAGAUGUGUGUUUUUUGGGCUCCGAAAGUCGGCUUUCUUUCUCACUGGGGAUUGCAGCAUGUAUCACACCAAGAAGCUGGCUGCUAGCUUUAGAUAUUAAUCCUUAUUACCACCCUCAAGGUUGUCCUUAUUCUUCUAUGAUGUAAAUACAACUUUCCUAUGGCAGUUGUGAUUUUAAUGUUAUUUGUAUGAAAUGCUCACUGAUCAGGAAAUUAAGUGCCUAUAAAAGAGGAGUUGCAUU